GAGCGUGCUCCCUCCAUGCGCAGGCAAGUUGGGAGGGCAGAAAGUUUAUUUGACUUGACUUUAAAAAAAGGAGAGAGAGAGAGAGAGAGAGAGAGAGAGAGAAGAAAGCAGCAGAGAAAAGAAAGAAAGUGACGUAAAAGGGGCUUCACGAGCUCUUUGGCAGCAGAUUAUCUGGGCAUCAGACCAUGUGAGGCGGGUGUACAAAAAGCCUCUCCCGGAUGCCCGGUGGCCCAAAGGCUCCCAAAGCCCCUGGAAGGCGGCCGCGGCGCGCGUGGGCGGACUCCUCACGGCCAGCGGGACCGGCGGAACGCUCAGCUGCUCUUUCCCCAAGAGGCCCGUGGGCGCAGAGUCCGGAGCCAAGCGGCUGAAGGCAGGAGACUUGCAACCAGGUCUGCGGGCAACAAGUGGUCUGGGCAGAGGUCUCUUGCCAAUGGACAGGAGCACGGUCUUCUAAGCUGCGGCAUGGAGAAGGCGGCCCCCGACAAUGAGACCCAGCUCCUCGCCUCCCAGAAGGAGCCCGGCGGCUGCAAGGAAGGGGACGACUGCGCAGAGAACAGACUUCUGGUUCAGAACAAGGCCAACCCAGCUGUCCCCAGCCAGGGCGACAAGGGGGCCGCGAAUCAGAUCUCCAAUGGGUUUUCGGGCGCUCAGAGCACAAGUGCCGGCAAAGAGGGCGGCGAAGAUGUUCCCUCGGCCACCCUGGCUGCUGCCGCUGCUGCCAGCACCACCAUGUCCACCACGUGUGGGGUGGAAGUCCGGCAGCAGUUGAUGGAGGUGGGCGAGAGGGAGACCUGGAGUAAGAAAGUGGACUUCCUUCUCUCUGUGAUUGGCUAUGCAGUAGACCUGGGCAACGUAUGGCGCUUCCCUUAUAUCUGUUACCAAAACGGAGGAGGGGCAUUCCUCAUCCCGUACACCAUCAUGGCUAUCUUUGGAGGGAUCCCUCUCUUCUACAUGGAGCUCGCCCUGGGACAGUAUCACCGAAACGGGUGCAUCUCCAUAUGGAGGAAGAUCUGCCCCAUCUUCAAAGGCAUCGGCUACGCGAUCUGCAUCAUCGCUUUCUACAUUGCCUCGUACUACAACACCAUCAUGGCCUGGGCCUUGUACUACCUGGUCUCGUCCUUCACGGCAGAGCUGCCCUGGACCAGCUGCGAGAACGCCUGGAACACGGGCAACUGCACCAACUACUUCUCCAACAACACGGUCACCUGGACCGCCAACUCCACCUCCCCGGCCGAAGAAUUUUAUACCCGCCACGUUCUCCAAAUACACAGAGCGAGGGGCCUGGAUGACCUGGGAGGGAUUAGCUGGCAGCUCACUCUCUGCUUGCUCUUCAUCUUCACCAUUGUGUACUUCAGCAUCUGGAAAGGGGUCAAAACGUCUGGAAAGGUGGUGUGGGUGACGGCCACGUUUCCUUACGUCAUACUCUUCAUCCUGCUGAUUCGGGGCGCAACCUUGCCGGGUGCCUGGAGGGGGGUCCUCUACUACCUGAAGCCCGACUGGCAGAAACUUCUGGCUACUGAGGUGUGGGUAGAUGCCGCUGCUCAGAUCUUCUUCUCUCUCGGCCCAGGAUUCGGGGUCCUCCUGGCCUUUGCCAGCUACAACAAGUUCCAUAACAACUGCUACCAGGACGCCCUGGUCACCAGCGCCGUGAACUGCAUGACGAGUUUCGUGUCCGGGUUCGUCAUCUUCACUGUGCUCGGCUACAUGGCGGAGAUGAGGAAUGAAGAGGUUUCUGAAGUCGCCAAAGACACAGGGCCCAGCCUCCUCUUCAUCACCUAUGCAGAGGCCAUUGCCAACAUGCCCGCCUCCACCUUCUUCGCCAUCAUAUUCUUCCUGAUGUUGAUCACGCUGGGACUGGACAGCACGUUUGCAGGUCUGGAAGGGGUGAUCACUGCUGUGCUGGACGAAUUCCCCCACGUCUGGGGCAAGCGCCGGGAGCUGUUUGUCCUGGGCUUCAUUGUGAUCUGCUUCAUGGGCGCUCUGUCAACCCUGACCUUUGGCGGUGCAUACGUGGUGAAACUGUUCGAAGACUACGCCACAGGUCCAGCGGUCCUGGCAGUGGUGUUUCUGGAAUCCAUUUCUGUGGCUUGGUUUUACGGUGUCAACCAGUUUUGCAGUGAUGUGAAAGAGAUGCUCGGAUUCAGUCCCGGCUGGUACUGGAGAGUCUGCUGGGUUGCCAUCAGCCCGAUUUUCCUUCUGUUCAUUAUUUGCAGCUUCAUGUCCAGCCCGCCAGACCUCCGACUCUUUGACUACAACUACCCGUACUGGACCAUGGUGGUGGGCUACUGCAUUGGCACCUCGUCCUUCAUCUGCGUCCCUGCCUACAUGGUAUACCGGUUGGCAACCACGCCAGGAACACUGAAAGAGCGUAUUCUGAAAAGCAUCACUCCGGAAACGGCCACAGAAAUCCCCUUUGGGGACAUCCGUAUGAACGCCGUCUAAAGAGCCACCGUCCUUUUGGCGAAGGCGGGAGAGGCAGGCGUCGCGAGAAGCCCCUCCUCUCCCAUCGCCCUCCGCUCUUUUCCAAAGCACUGAAUCGCCGCCGGGGGAGUUUUGUGCCGGGGGCAGAAGCACCGACCAAGGCUGGACCCUCCUAGCAUUCCCACAACAGCCGGACUGGCCUCUUCAGCCCCGGCUCUUUUGCGUCCGCAUUCCUGCACUGGUUCAUUUGGAAACGUGAAGGCGCACAAGUGUGAGCAAGCGGCGGCCUCUCCAUAUGUGGGCAGGGGGCCAUCGGAAUGCAUGCCUGGCUACUCCAGCCUCUGUCUAGCAACUGUCACCAGUUGGGAUUAUAUUUAGCCCCAUCCCUCUGUGCCACACACACCUGUUAUCUCUCUGUGUGACCCCCUGUAAUGGACCCUCCCGUGUUUGCUUCUAAGGAACGCAGUGUUUUCGACCAAGUUGGAAAAACAACACACACACACACACACACACACACACCUGGCCCAGCUAGCCGUAGCUACCCCAUGAAUACAGAGUUUGGCAGCCCCGAAUGACACCCUCAAGCCCCAAAUGAGGGCCGUGAGCGAAAGGUCCAGUGCAAGAGCCAAGCUGUCAUGAUGCAGAAACUCUUGCUGGACUGGAAUGCUUGAGAUGGGGCAGGGGGUGGGACAGGACUGCAGGUUUGGUUGUGAAGAACAGCACCAUCCUUGUAUCUAGAAAGUUAGGUUUCGGGGAAGGGCAGACAGAUGACUAAAUCAUCAGGUCCUGUGUGCACACAUGCAACCCACCCCCCGCUUGCAGUCGGAAAUAAUUGUUCAUCAGUACAAGCCACCAAGAGCAGGGCAACCCUAUACGGGUGGGGCCCAGACAAACAGUGGCUCUGGUGAAGCCAUCAAGUGGCCAUACAUGCCAGCUGCCAGCUCACACACACACCCCUGCCCAUCACAAGGAAUUUAUUAUUAUUAUUAUUAUUACAAGAUUUAUAUCCCGCUCUUCCUCCAAGUUGCCCAGAGUGGUGUACUACAUACUUGAGUUUCUCUUUCACAACAACCCUGUGAAGUAGGUUAGGCUGAGAGAGAAGUGACUUGCCCAGAGUCACCCAGCUAGUUUCAUGGCUGAAUGGAGAUUCGAACUCGGGUUAGGGUUACCACUACACCACGCUGGCUCUUUCUGCAGAGCUGCCCCCUUGUUCUGCAUUGUCAAACACCCCACCUCAGCUGUUCACCAGGUCCACACGCAAGCCGUCUGCAGACAGCAGUAAAGCCAUAGUCAUGUUCUCUUCCUACCUACUUUCUUUUGCAUUCCAUUUAUAAAGAUUCUCUCUCUCAAAUAUAUAUAUAUAUAUACACACACAGCAUCACACAUCGGCCACAUCCACACAGUGCUUCUUUCAGGUGAUAGGCACUUUCAGGAGUUUCAGAUAUUGGUUGUGUUCCCCCAUCAUCCACAGGCCAGAGUGCCACACCCCGAGGGGUCAUUCUUGGGGCCUCUUCCACGGGUGUUUUUUCACGAGGUGGUUCUGGAGCGGCUUUAUGCUACGGAAUUAACAGAAAGCCGAGACAGGCUCACUGCGGAGGUAAAAGAAUCCCUGUAACCUCUCCUGCCAGGUCACUGGAGAGACAACAGUGGAAGGCAGCAGCACGGCCGAAAUGGUCCACUGGAGGACCAUUUAAGUGGUCAGAUCCUACCCCUUUUGGGAAGCUGGCCCAGCAGUGGUGGUGAAGAGGCAUCUCUGUCGGGUGAGGUGUGGUCAGUGGAUGGUCUGGGCUCAAAGGAGCUGCUGCUCGGGGCUAGAGCGCAUUUGCAGAGCAAAGCCAGAGACCAGGCAUGCGCGCUCUCAAAAGUCUGAUGAGCACUGCUCACAAAUGUACAACUGGACGGAGUGUGCGUGUUUGUUUUACUCCUGUUGCAAAAUGACAGUCAUCCUGAUGGGGCGACACCAAGCCUACCAAAAACAUAAGCCCUAUUCACACGUUAUGUUCCAAACUCCUACAAGUCUACACAGAUACAGCACAACACUUCCGGUCUGUAUCCUGCAUCUGAGGGGCCUGUACCUCGCUUUUAAAAUGAACACAGGUAGCCAUUCACACAAAAGCACAUAUGAGUGUGCAGCCACCUGGACACUUGUUCCACAUUAUGUCUGGAUAGGGCUAUAUACCAUGCUGAGAUUAGCCUGUGUCGGGAUCCCUUCAACCAGCGCAGCAGUUCUGAGCACCCUGAUCCACGGAGCUGUGAGUGGGUAGAAGACGACAGUAUUAAAUUAACCCAUGGCAAAUUAGCAUAACUGGCCAAGGAUUUGUUCUGUGCAGGCCACAUGAAAAUCAAUGCAGCCUGCACAGGAGGGUAUUCUGAGGACUUACAGAGGCAACUGCGACAAUUCCUGGGACUGUGUUUACCUUUAGGUUGGAGAAACGAAACUGGAGUUUUAUUUUACAAAACGGAAGUAUUCUUCUCAAUACAUGUAUAUACUGCGCCUGUAUUAAUUUAUGCUGCUGCUUCAGUUAUCAGUGUCCCAAAGCUGGGUUGUAAGUCAUCAUCAGUAUGUGCCUUGCAAUGUAAGCUGUUAUUGUAAUAAAUUUAAUAUAAGAAUAAAAUGGCAGUUGUAACCCC